UCACUGUCACUGGCAGCCCGGGAGCAGAAAGACCGGCAACUACUUGGUCCCUGACAGACACAUCUCAAGUGCAGAAAUUCUACCAGAGAGAGUAGUGCACAUUGUUCUAAAAAAAAGAGUAGUGCACAUUCUUGCACAGCUCUUGCUUCGAAUUAUCUCAGGCGAGGGAGGAGGCAGAAAUCAUGGACGACGCCGGCCUGGUGCUCGCCGCCGCGUUGACAGGCGCAAUCUUCGUCGUGCUGCUCGUCCUGCUCGUCGUCGUCCUUGUCCGGAGGCGGUGGCUCGACCGCGAGGGCGUGGCGUCCGGCCGCGGCUUCGUCCUGUUCGGCGUCUGCUGCCAGGACGGCACCCAGGGCCGGUUCGUCCGGACGACGUCCCUGGCCAGGAGCCGGCAGCGGGCGGCCCGCGGCGGCGAGCAGGCGGAUGACGAGCCGGACGAGGGCGAGCUCGAGAGGUGGAAAAGGUUGUUCGGUGGGCCCACUAGGUGCCUGUCCACGAUAGAGGAGGCCACGGAGAAGGGCACGUCGACGGUGGCAACGCCGGCGUUCUGCUCGCCGGCAGCGUCGCCCGACCGAAGAGACGCCAGGGGUGGGCAGACGGCGUCUGCCGGCGUGCUGAAAAGUUGAGGCUUGCUUAUCUUGAUCUUGUAAUUCGUGAUGUGCAGUAGUACUACAAAAUUUGUUGGAAAUACUAGAGAGACAUAUGUACCACACUGGUAAUAAGCCGAGAGAUCAUGAUAGCUUGUUAUUUUGCCAUAUGCCGGGGGUAGUAUUUUUUUUCCAAAUUAAUUGUAGGUCUAAUUUAUCCUACAUCAAACUUCUUCUUCUUCAAGGAAAAUAGUAGGAAUUUAUUUCUGCUACAUGUAUUUGUAAAGUUUAUGAAUGUAGUUAUACAAAAGCAAAAAGAAAACAAAGAAAAAGAAAAGGGUCUACCUAUUCGAUGAGCUAA